UAGACACAAAUAUAACAUUACACAAAUCCAUCUAUCUCCAAGAGUCUCUAUCUCAACACAUAGCAAUAGCAUGGCUUGUAUGUGGCUGAAGAAUGCCUGCGGUGGCAGCGGGAAGAAGCCGCCGGCGGAUGUGCCGCGCGGGCACUUGGCGGUGGCGGUGGGAGAGGCAAAGAGAAGGUUUGUGAUAAGGGCUGACUACCUUAACCAUCCAUUGCUUCAACAACUGCUGGAACAAGCAUAUGAAGGCAAGGGCUUCAACAAGAGUGGUCCUCUGGCUAUACCUUGUGAUGAGUUCCUUUUUGAAGAUAUCAUUCAAACCCUAAGAGAUGGAACAUCCUCUACUCAUGUCCCUCUCAAGAAGCUACACUUGCCCUUGUCCAAGGACACUCUCCCCUUACUUCAAGGCCGGAGGAGCACCAACUAAGUCCA